AUUUCUUCAAAAUGUGACAAAGAUUUAGAAAUAUUGUUUGAAAAGAUUUUUUUUGACACAUAAAGUAAAUAUAUAAAAAAAAAAAUCUUUUACGACUGCCGAAAGUGAGUAUACAGAUAUUGCCCAAUACCAACAUCGGGCACUUGUCAAGUAAAAAUGUUCCACAAACCGUUUAAAGUCAAAACACAGACAGCAAUAAAAGGAUCAGAAAGGAAAAGAGUUAGAAAUGACAUUGAAAAGUUAUUCCCUAAUCUGCAACCAGCAGACUUGCUUCAGAUUAUUCCAGCCAAAGAUGAGAUGACAGUGGCCAAAAUCUAUACCCACUCUGGGGAAAGUUUGGUGAUCUAUUGUGUUCAGAAGAAUCCUGUGUUUAUAGAAGUAUUUAAAGAAUUAAUACCCACUAUUUAUACCAUGUGGAAGUUCCCAGAGUUGUUACCUGUGUUCAGGACCUAUCCUCCUGUAUUCUCUAAAUUAAAGAGCGGGGCAGACUUGAUGUUGCCUGGAGUUAUUGUUGAAGGGGAAGUAACUCCAUAUACAUUUAGAAAUAUCAAAAAAGGAGACCUAUGCAGCGUAUGUCUUCUAGGAAAUAAAGCCCCAGUUGCUGUAGGGAGAGCUGCUUUGUCGGGCAGUGACAUGUUUGAUUCAGCUAUGCGUGGUAAAGGUGUACAGAUAGUACAUUUAUUUGGAGACGACCUGUGGUCAUUUGGAGAUAAAUCUCCUAUACCAGUCAUACCUGAUGGCAUGUUAAUGAUGAAUGAAGACAGUGAUUCAGAUGAGAAUGAACAGUCAAGUAGUGCUAAGAUGGAUCAGCAAAAUGGUGAUUUAAAAGUGACAGAUGAUUCAGGAAUUGACAGUCGGUUAAAUGAACAUCAACCAUAUAACUCUGGGGAUGCUACCGGAAACCAGAGUGACAAUGGUGUGCUUGAUCAAGCCAUAAAUAAAUGUAGUGGAAGUUUACACAAAUUAGAUAUGAAAAAUGAUUCAAACAACACCGAAGAGGAAGUGAUGGACUUAUUAGAUAAUAUGGAUGAGUUGUUAGAUGUUUGUUUUAAGUGUGCAAUAAAGUCAUCAGUAAAGAAAUCCGAUUUACCAUUACUCACUAGUGCUUUCUUUAAAAACCAUAUGAUUAAAUUUUGUCCACCAGGAAAAUUGUUAGAUGUCAAGAAGUCAAGUUAUAAAAAGUUAUCCAAAUUUUUACAAAAGAUGCAGAAGGAUGGUUAUAUAAAAGUUAAAGAGUUAUCUAAGGGUGCUGACAGUAUAGUGGAAGUAGAUAAAUCUCAAUUGCGUGAUUUUGAGCUACCAAUUGAGAUAGAUUCUGAUCCUGUACAGCCUCUAACCUCUGAAGCAGAAUUUGCACUUCCUAAACUGACAGAGAUGUAUUCAGUUACUUCUGCUGUAUUGCCUUUGUUUAAACCUAAUGGUCUGAGGAAAGGAAGUGCUGUAGCAAUGACUGAUAUCAGAAGUUACAUAGAUGAGUAUGUUAGAAGUAACAACAUGCAAAGUGAUAGCAAAAAAAGUCAAGUACAGUUAGAUCCUAUUAUAGCAGAUAUAGUGCUCACCAAAGGAGAAAAUAAUGUUACUCAUUUGUCAUGGGAAGAAUUGUUUAAAAGGAUAUUAAGUAAAAUGCAACCAGUUUUAUGUAUUGAACAUGCUGGUCAGACUCCUACGUAUCAGAAAGGAAAAGUUGAAGGAAUUAAGCUUGAUAUACAACAGAGAGCUAGCAACAAAAAGGUAACCCUCAUAGAAAAUAUAGAAACCUUUGGAAUAGACCCAAAAGAAUUAGCCCAUACAGUACAGGUUGGAAUGGCAUGUAGUGCUACAAUAGCACAGCUACCACAGAAGAAUAAAGGAGUACAGAUAGUUAUACAAGGCAAUCAAAUCAGUUACAUAGCUGAUUUGUUAUUAAAUAAAUAUAAAGUACCAAGGAAAUACAUUAACGGAAUGGAAAAAGCACCGAAAAGAAGAUAAAAUGAGACAUUAUAGAUUUUAUUUAUAUAUGUUAUUGAUAAAGAAUCAAUACUUUAUUUGAGUCAUGUUUCUUAUGAUCUGUCUGCUUUGCGUUUAUGGAAUUACAUCAAAAUUAAUCAAUGUAUAAUUGGCUUUUCAAUGAGGUAUUUAAGGUUCCCACUGAAUAAACUCCACAAACAAUAUGAUCUAUUGUAUUAAGUUAUUCAAUAAACGUAUUUACACUUG